CAGGGUCUAUCUCCGACGAUGAUUGAUAAUCUCAUCACCAGCCAGUUUGGAAUGUCUAAAGCGUUCGUGUUUUUACUGGAUAACCGGAAGUAAGAAAUAUUUCCAUUAUUUUUAUCGAUCUAAUCUAUUCGUGAUAUUGCUAAUAUUUCUAUCCUUCAUAGACUUCAUGGAUACAUUCUAUCGAAUGUUUUAUGACCAAUGGUAACGAGGAUACAACUAUUACAUGGCUUCAUCUCUCUGUCCUGAACAUGUUCCUAGUAACAGUCCAGUGUAAUGAGUCUAGUCAAUGAGAUGAUACAGAGGGCAGAACCAUAAGUGUCAAGAUGGCAGAGGCAUCUGAAGGGAACAUUUCCCCCCCACCUGCUCUUCCUAUCAAAACUGGCAAAUUCAUCACAAAAGGAGUUGCAUCAAGAGUCAUUGUAGAUGACACUGGAGUCUUAACGUAUAUACCUUCAUUAGAUCACAAUCCUCCUGUGGCACUCCUAGUUGGUGAGAGUUCAAUAAAAGAAUGUCCCUCCACAUUCUUUGAGAUCAAGAUACUACAAACAGGGAAAUCACAAUGCUGUGCCUCCAUAGGGCUUAUACCAGAAGGAUACUCUGUUGGAAGGCAACCAGGCUGGAAGGACCCUUCUAUAGGCUUCCAUGCUGAUGAUGGACUGGUGUACAGGAACGGAAGAGGUGAAGGACAACAAGGCAAGUAUAGGUGUAAGAAAGGAGACGUCAUGGGCCUGAAGGUUACUAAAGCUGCAGACAAUAACUUCAGUGUGGAAUUCUACAAGAACUAUGAACUGGCCUACAAAUACAAGUGGCAGUGUAAGAGUAGGAAAAUUCUCCCUGCUAUAGGAAUGCACAAUGCUGGAGAACAGGUCCAUCUUCUCAACUUUCUGGCUCAUAAGGAUAGGAAGAAUCCUAUCCCAGGAGAUGUGAACCAGUUCAUAAUUAAAGGCAGGAGCAACUUAGUGGAGAUACAACCAGAUGGAAUACUAAGCUACUCUGCAACUGUUCCCAAGAGUCCAGUUGGCACAUUCAUUGGAAAACACUCUCUGAAUAAGGAGCACUCUAACUUUGAGUUGAAGAUUCUUGAAGGAGGGGCAUCAAGGACAAUCAGUAUAGGCCUGGUACACAGUGAGUACCAGUUUGAAAGACACCCUGGUUGGGAUGUUGGAUCUGUGGCCUAUCAUGCAGAUGAUGGCAGAAUAUUCCGUGAACUACUGACUGGUUCAGGGCCCCCAAUACCAUGUCAGAAAGGGGAUGUCAUGGGAUGUGGAUAUGUGACAACUGGAGUGCAAUAUGAUAGUGACGGGAUACCAUUGUGCAAUCAGAACAUUAUAGUCUACUUUACCAAGAAUGCUUGCAAGGUCCAUGAGUGUAAGUUUACAUACAGAGGGGGUGGUUUGCAUCCAACUGUUGGUCUACACAGUAGAGGAGAGAAGGUGCACCUGCUUAACUACUACAAUCAUAAUGAAAUUAAGGAUGAUAAAGACAAGGCUGCAGAGGCAGUUGGAGGAAUACCUGACAGUGAUUCUUCCAUAGAGAACCCCCUGGUGUCUUGUACAGUGUGCCUUAGUCUGUAUAAUGAGGAAGACCACAUGCCUAAACUUCUACCCUGUCAUCACUCAUUCUGCCGCAGUUGCCUUGAUACACUGCUGAACAACAGCAUUAUUGUGUGUCCUUCUUGUCGCAAAACUCACAGAAUUGCAGAUGGCGUAGAUGCUCUCCAGACAAAUUUUUAUGUCACGAAUAUGAAAGAGUUGUUACGUCGUGAUUGCUCUUUGGAGGAUAUCAUUGAGAAGGAGGUUAAACCAAAGGAGGUGAAGGGCUGCACAAAGCAUCACAACCAACCACUGUCGUUUUUCUGUGUGUCAUGCACAGCUGUCAUCUGCCGGGAUUGCACAGUUUUGGGACACAAUAUGGGGCAGGGGCAUGUUGUGAAAGAAAUAUCAGAAGUGAAAGAUGAGAAUUUGAUGGAUUUGAAAAACAUUCUAUCAAAGACUAAUGUUGCCUUUGACUUGCAGUCAGUGCUUAUUGAGCGUCUUGAGUUAUGUAUUGCAUCAUUGGACACAACACGUGAUAGCUGCCACUACCAAGUUGAUACAAAAUUUGACCAGUGUAUUCAGCAGAUGAAAAACAGGAAAGACUCUCUUAAAGAGGAAAUCGAUGAAUUAUACGAAAACAAGAAGUCUACCGUUGAUAAUAAAAUAAAAUUUGUUAAACGAAACCGUGAUUCAAUGCAUAAGCUCCGCUCGAAAAUUCAACAAGCAAUUGAAGCAGACAAUGUUGAGGAUAUUGUAACACUUGCUAGUGAUCAUAACAUUUUGUCGAACCUUGAUGCAAGUCUUUGUUCCUAUCACACUGAGAAUAUACAAGGACUCCAUAUACUGGACACAAAAGCCAAAGAACUGUUCGAAAAAAGCCUGAUGAUGUUUAAAUGUGCAAUCAAACAGAACACCCAAAACUGACAUGUUGGCUUCAAUUUUCAUGUUGCUCUGUACAGAAUAAUCUUAUAACAAAAAUGGAAGUGACCUCCAAAAAGAUGACUUGACAGUACUUAUUGAUUAUAUGUUCACGGAACUACAUUUAUUUGCAAAUCUCUUGUAAAAAGUCCACCUGCAGUAGUUAUAUUACUGAAAUAAUAAUUGAACUUAUGUAUGUGAUUAUUUGUAAUACUUAAAACUAUUUGGAAUAACAAAAUAGUACAUUGAUUUAAAAGCAUGUACAAUAAUAUCGAUAAUUCAAAAUUAUUGUACUUUAGUAUAACGUCAUUUAGAUUAAUUGCCAAUGCUUUUUGGUACAUGUACUUAAUAGUCUAUAACUUAUUA